AUGCCAAACACAAAGGGGAAGAGGAGAGGCACUCGCUAUACGUUCUCUAGGCCUUUUAGGAAACAUGAAGUUGUUCCUCUGGCCACAUACAUGCAAAUCUACAAAAUGGGUGAUAUUGUGGACAUCAAGGGAAUGGGCACAGUUCAAAAAGGAAUGCCCCAUAAGUGUUACCAUGGCAAAACCGGAAGAGUUUACAACGUCACCCAGCAUGCUGCGGGCAUCACUGUGAACAAGCAGGUUAAGGGCAAGAUUCUUGCCAAGAGAAUCAGUGUGCACACUGAGCACAUCAAGCUGUCUAAGAGCAGGACCAUCUUCCUGAAGCAUGUGCAGGAGAAGGACCAGAAGAAAAAGGAAGCCAAAGAGACGGGCACCUGGGUCCAGCUGAAGCGCCAGCCUGCACCACCCAGAGAAGCACACUUUGUGAGGACUAACGGGAAGGAGCCUGAGCUGCUGGAGCCCAUUCCCUAUGAAUUCAUGGCCUGGACUGUUGAACACUUGGCCAUUCUCUGGAGUCCCCAUGCUGAAUGGACAAUAAAGCUCACAAAUGGAAGAGCAGCUUCUCGGAGCCGGGCUCGCUACAGGCCCAGGUCUAACAUGCUGCCCCAUGAAGGAAGAAUGAAUGCACAAGUCACCAGGACCACUGGCUUGCCCAGCUCCUCUCCCCUCACCUGCUACUGUUACAAGCGUUCUUCCUCUGCGACUGCGCAGUUUCAAGCCUGA